AACAACGCCCACUGCUGCCCUCUUUGCUCUAUCUCAGCUCUUUCAGAGCAUAAAUAGGUGCAAUAACACCGAAGUACAUUCUUAAUAUUAUUCAUCCUUUCAUACGUAUCACCUUGACCAUGCAGCUUUCAUCGAGCUUGCUGGCCAUGCUGGCCAGUUGCGUGGCGGCGAACAUUCUUCCAUCUCCAGAACACAUCUUCUCUAAUCCUGGGGGCAACAGCCUCUCCGAUUUCAGGAUCCCUACUGUACAUGAGUCGGCAAUCAUGGCUCGCCGGAUCUUUCGCCUUGGCUCUAUUGGAACGCUUUCCACUGUGUAUCCAUCAGCAGACGAAUCAUCUAUCCAGAGCAACCCAAGCGAUGUUGCCGGGGCGCCUAUCGGGCUUAUGGAAUAUUUCGCCGACUGUGAGCCCGAUACGGCGGACCCGACUCUCCUUGCAAUUGAUAUUGCGACGAGUUUCAGGAACGUUGCGGCUGGAAGCAACAUCACGUUAUCGUUGCGUUGGCAUCCGCCAAGCUCAAGCCAUCGAUACUCCCCAACGGCUCUUCCUCGCUUUGCCUUGAUUGGCACUCUUGAGGACAUUCCUGAGUCCAAAGCCAAGGACCUUGGCUUGAGAGAAUGUUUCGCCCGCUAUCACCCCGAUUCGAUCGCCUGGAUGCCUGGUAAUCGUAUCCACAAGAGCCAUUGGGUUCGUUUAGUUGUAAAGGACAUCUAUUGGGUUGGAGGAUUCGGCGAUCGGGCGUACAUUGGUUGGAUCACUGCGGAUGACUGGAAGAGUGUAACGGCAAAGGAGAUCAAUGACUGUCGCCUGCCCGGCGAGAAGUCACGACACUGGUCUUGGCCAGACUGGCUGGUUGGUGGAUUUGAGCUAUGAGACAACAUGGGGUUAUUAUUUCCAAGACGUCGGGCGUUGGGAGAGAUAUUUUGAGCGUGAAUCUGUUGAAGUUUUUCUUCGCCUUAUGGUUUAUGGCUGUUGCCAUCAUGCUAUAUGA